GCAAAAAGGAAAUUGUAGCAUAUUCCUAAAAAAAUCUAUAAUUUCCGUUGAAGCUCUGACUAUCAAUCACCAACAACAACAGCUUGCGUCUUCUUCUACCGCUUACCAAGCAAGCAAGUGCCGCUCACUCACGCCCAAAUGUCUUCAUGCUGCGCCAGGUUUCGAUCUUCUACCAAUCCCAUUUCUCUUUUUCCCUUCUUAAGAAUAAGAUUAUACUCUCACUCUUCAUUCAAUUCAAAUAAUCUUGAUAAUGUUGUUUCUUCAUUCAAUCAUAUGCUUCAUAUGAAUCCCACUCCAUCGAUUAUUGAAUUUAACAAGAUAUUAGGUUCCCUUGUUAAGUCUAACAACAAUCAUUACCCUACUGCUAUUUCCCUUUUUCAUCAAUUGGAAUUUCAUGGAAUUACACCAAGUAUUGUUACUUUCAAUAUUCUCAUUAAUUGUUACUGCCUUCUUCGGGAAAUGGAUCUUGCCUUUUCUCUAUUCGGGAAGAUUCUUAAGGUGGGGUUUCACCCGGAUAUUGUAACCCUCACAACACUUAUCAAAGGUAUGUGUCUUAAUGGUAAGGUCAAGGAAGCUUUGCACUUUCACGAUCAUGUGAUUUCACUUGGAUUCCACUUGGACCAAGUUAGCUAUGGGACCUUGAUCAAUGGCUUGUGUAAAUUGGGAAAAACAACCGAAGCCUUACAAGUGUUGAGAAAGAUUGAUGGGAAAUUGGUUAACACUGAUGUGGUAAUGUAUAGCACAAUCAUUGAUUGUUUGUGUAAAGAUAAAUUGGUGACCGAGGCAUAUGUGUUAUAUUCUGAAAUGAUUACAAAGAGAAUUUCUCCCAAUGUUGUCACUUUCAAUUCUCUAAUUUAUGGAUUUUGCAUCGUUGGUCGACUGAAAGAAGCAUUUGGGUUGUUCCAUGAAAUGCUAUUGACAAACAUCCUCCCAGAUGUUUAUACUUUCAGCAUAUUGGUUGAUGGUCUAUGUAAGGAAGGAAAGAUCAAAGAAGCUAAAAAUGUGAUAGCUGUGAUGAUGAAAGAAGGUGUGAUACCGGAUGUUGUUACCUACGGUUCAUUAAUGGAUGGAUAUUGCCUAGUUAAUGAAGUAAAUAAAGCCAAACAUGUGUUAAGCCUGAUUUCUCGAAUGGGAGUGGCUCCUAAUGCUCAUAGCUAUACUACUAUGAUUAAUGGAUUCUGUAAGAAUAAAAUGGUCCAAGAAGCCUUUAGUCUCUUUAAUGAAAUGCGGUCCGUAGGAAUUGCUCCUGAUAAGGUAACUUACAGUUCUCUUAUUGAUGCUUUGUGCAAAUCAGGGAGAAUCUCUCAUGCAUGGGAGCUUCUUGAUCAGAUGCAUGAUAGAGGUCAACAUGCAAAUGUGAUCACUUACAAUUCCUUCUUACACGCUUUAUGUAAAAACCAUCAAGUUGACAAGGCAAUUGCAUUGGUCAAGAAAAUUAAAGAUCAGGGCAUUCAACCCAAUAUUAACACAUACAAUAUACUUAUCGAUGGACUAUGCAAAGAAGGAAGACUUGAGAUUGCACAAGUGAUUUUUCAGGAUCUUUUGAUUAAAGGCUAUAAGGUAACACUCUGGACAUAUACAAUUAUGAUUAAUGGUCUUUGUCUGGAGGGAUUGUUUGAUGAAGCUAUGACCCUACUGGAAAAAAUGGAAGACAAUGGUUGCAUUCCAAAUGCUGUAACUUAUGCAACAAUUAUCCAUGCUCUCUUUAAAAAUGAUGAGAAUGAUAAGGCAGAGAAACUUCUACGUGAAAUGAUUGCUCGCGGUCUACUGUCAACAACAACAGCUUGCGUCUUCUUCUACCGCUUACCAAGCAAGCAAGUGCCGCUCACUCACGCCCAAAUGUCUUCAUGCUGCGCCAGGUUUCGAUCUUCUACCAAUCCCAUUUCUCUUUUUCCCUUCUUAAGAAUAAGAUUAUACUCUCACUCUUCAUUCAAUUCAAAUAAUCUUGAUAAUGUUGUUUCUUCAUUCAAUCAUAUGCUUCAUAUGAAUCCCACUCCAUCGAUUAUUGAAUUUAACAAGAUAUUAGGUUCCCUUGUUAAGUCUAACAACAAUCAUUACCCUACUGCUAUUUCCCUUUUUCAUCAAUUGGAAUUUCAUGGAAUUACACCUGAUAUUUUUACUUUCAAUAUUCUCAUUAAUUGUUACUGCCAUCUUUGGGAUAUGGAUUUUGCCUUUUCUCUAUUCGGGAAGAUUCUCAAGGUUGGGUUUCAGCCGAAUACCAUUACCUUUAAUACUCUUAUCAAAGGUUUGUGUGUUAAUGGUAAGGUCAAGGAGGCUCUGCACUUUCACGAUCAUGUGAUUUCACUUGGAUUCCACUUGGACCAAGUUAGCUAUGGGACCUUGAUCAAUGGCUUGUCUAAAUUGGGAAAAACAACCGAAGCCUUACAAGUGUUGAGAAAGAUUGAUGGGAAAUUGGUUAACACUAAUGUUGUAAUGUAUAACACAAUCAUUGAUAGGUUGUGUAAAGAGAAAUUGGUGACUGAGGCUUAUGAGUUAUAUUCUCAAAUGAUUGUAAAGAAAGUUUCUCCUGAUGUUGUUACUUUGAGCUCUCUAAUAUAUGGAUUUUGCAUUGUUGGUCAACUGAAAAAAGCAUUUUGUUUGUUCCAUGAAAUGCUAUUGACAAACAUCCACCCAAAUGUUUAUACUUUUAAUAUAUUGGUUGAUGCUCUUUGUAAGGAAGGAAAGAUCAAAGAAGCUAAAAAUGUGAUAGCUGUGAUGAUGAAAGAAGGCGUGGAACCUGAUGCUGUUACAUAUAAUACAUUAAUGGAUGGGUAUUGCCUAGCUAAUGAAGUGAAUAAGGCAAAGAAUGUAUUCAACGUCAUAGGAAAAAGGAGAAUGACACCUAAUGUUUGCAGCUACAAUAUCAUUAUUAAUGGUUUAUGUAAGAUUAAAAUGGUUGAUGAAGCCUUGAAUCUCUUCACAGAAAUGCAUUGCAAACCCAAUACAGUAACUUACAACUCUCUAAUUGACGGUUUGUGCAAAUCAGGGAGAAUAUCUCAUGCAUGGGAGCUUCUUGAUCAGAUGCAUGAUAGAGGUCAACCUGCCGAUGUGAUCACUUACAAUUCCUUCUUACACGCUUUAUGUAAAAAUCAUCAAGUUGACAAGGCAAUUGCAUUGGUCAAGAAAAUUAAAGAUCAGGGCAUUCAACCCAAUAUUAACACAUACAGUAUACUUAUCGAUGGACUAUGCAAAGAAGGAAGACUUGAGAAUGCACAAGUGAUUUUUCAGGAUCUUUUGAUUAAAGGCUAUAAGGUAACACUCUGGACAUAUACUAUUAUGAUCAAUGGUCUUUGUUUAGAGGGCUUAUUUGAUGAAGCUGUGACCCUGCUGUCAAAAAUGGAAGACAAUGGUUGCAUUCCAGAUGCUGUAACUUAUGAAACAAUUAUCCGUGCUCUCUUUAAAAAUGAUGAGAAUGAUAAGGCAGAGAAAAUUCUACGUGAAAUGAUUGCUCGCGGUCUACUUUAAGAGAAAUGUAGCUAUGUUCAUUUUGUGAUGAGAAUGGUGUAGUUUUAGUUGAAAAUCAUGUCACAUUAUUUUCAUUUUGUUAUUAUAAUGAUCGAAAUGGUUGAUUGUUUUGAUUAUUGACUUAGUUAUAUUUUAUUUCCAAUGUGCAGUCAAUUUUCUUCAUAUUGUUGUAUGAUUUUUUUCAUUCAUUGGUCAUUCUGAAGUCCUGAGUUUUAAAU